AUGCACAAAACACAACAAAUAUAUUUUAAGAAAGAAUCGAUUGCUGUGAAACCCUCUACUGUUAUACCAACUGCCACUCGCCAAUCUCCACUCAAGGACCUUGCCUUUGUGCAGGUGUCCUUCAUUCACGAUUCAUGCUCGUCCAGUUCCAAGUCAGACGAAUAUCAGCGUCUUCGAGGAUCCAACGAUUUAACAUUGGUUGAGUACAAAAACGCAACCACAGGUUUUUGUCCAUCAUCUCCAUCUUUACAGCAGCGAGAUUCCAAAGGUGCAACACAUUCCCCUCGAACAAACUCUAAUUGUGAACAGAAAGCAUGCUCUGAACAAAGACAACAUCGAACGAAAGUUCCCGUCUUUCAUUGGACUCUCAAGAAACAUACCCGUUCUCAACAAUCCUUCUCCAAAGGAUCUAGAAAAGAUGCAACUCUUACCGAACCUUUGGCAACACCAACUCCCCAAAAUAAGCUUUCAUUGUUGCAUCACUCUUACUAUCAUGGAGAAUGGAAUGAACAAGAGGAUCCACAAAAAGAUUCACUCCAGAGACCAUUAAAAGCAUCCAAGACCCACAAUUCCAAUGAAUGUUCAGAAUCGAGUGCAUGCAACUCUAAACCGUUCGUACCUUCUGAAAGUUCAAGUCUCGAAGCAGAUGAACGCCCAAACAAACGAAGUCUUCAAACAACAGGUUUACUCUCUACCACUCAAACUCAGACAAAACGAAGAAAAAGGACAAGUAUAUUCACUAUUCAAGAGUUGUUGGAUCCGACUGUAAAAUAA